UGAGACCUCCCCGGACCGAGGUGAUGUCUGGACCUUCUGGUGUGAUGGAUUGUUGCUCUCUGCUGAGGCUGAAGCCAAUGCUGCUGAUCGUGUUUCUGUUCGGAUCUACUAACAUUGUCUGUCUGCAUGGAAAUCCUAUCACAGGUGUGGACCAUGAUCUUCGCUGUGUCAACGAUUACCUGUUCACCAUCAACUGCUCCCUGAGCAUCGCACCAUCAGAAAACUGCUUAGACAGCAACAGCUGCUACUGGCUCACUUUCAAAAGCAGAUAUAAAAAUACGUUUGUGUGUAUGCUGAAAAACACCAAUGGGGAUUACUUCUGCUCCGUUAACACAUUCAAUCCAAUGCCUGAUGACGACAAUCAUUACUCUGAGCACUUUGACGAUUUAGAUUCUUUUAAAAUCUCGCUAUGCCACAACAAAACUGAUGGGUCUGAACUGUGUGAAAAACUGGAUGACGAAUACACGCCUGUGACAAACAUUAAACCCAACGCACCGUGCUGCCUCACAGUCACCCACAACUCAAGUCAACACCUCUUCACCUGGAGAAACACCUAUGAGGAAGUUGGUCAGGACUCCGAUAUGAUGGACAACUUGAAGUAUCAGCUCCAUUACUACAAAAGAGGAGACAAACACAAUGUGUUAUCGCAUGAAAUUAACUCAGACGACAAGAAUUAUUCUGUGGGUAAUCAGAAUUUUGUACCAGACACCAAGUACACUGCCAGAGUGCGGUCAAGUCCUAAUCAGGCUACUUACCAGGGACAGUGGAGCGACUGGUCUUCUGAGCUUUACUGGGAGACGGAGUCAGCUGUGAAAGACCUCCCAUCAAAUUCAUUUGUUUCUGGACUGGUUAAGGUGCUCGUUCCCUUAUUUAUGAUGGUGACAUUCAUCUUACUUUUCUGCUACGCUCCAUUUAAGUGCCGGAAGAGUGCCUUCAUCCCAACUCCAGCACCCUAUUUCGACACCCUGUACAGGGACUGCCAGGGAGAUUUCAAGAGCUGGGUGGUUACUCAAAAAAACACAUACAUGCUGAAGACAGAGGAAACGCUCCAAAUUGACACGCUAAUCGAGUGCGCAGUUGGCGAGGAGGAAGAGUGUCAGCCCCACUUUCACCACCAGCUCAUGGAGGGUAGCACGUACAGCAAUAUAACUGACCCAGGCUGUGAUGCUUCUCUCCUGGGGAUCCCGUACGCUGUGAGCACCAUGGCUCCGUUGUCAUUUCCAGGGAGCUCACUCCAGAGUCUGACCCUCCACUCACAGGGAGGGAGUCCUACUGAAGGAGACUCAGGGUGUUGGCUGGAGAGGGACCCUCCCUGGUACUGCAAUGAGUACUGCACCCUGAGCGCCUUCCAGCAGAGUAGUCCAGUCACAGCAGAGCACCAUGGGGGGACCAUCAACAAAAUCCUGCCCAACAGGGACGAUCAGAGCGGAGGCCAUCACUGGAGCAUAAGCUGAUCCGUUUGUGUGUAGUAACUGGACAGUAAAAUAGUGUAAAGUUGAACUUUAAAUAUUGUUGGGCCUAACAGUUCAACUACACACAUUUACACAGGGAAAUGUAAUGCUUCCAGAACACUGCCAACUGCUUUAAGCUAAUAAAUAAUUACAGUAUAUUCCUAAUUUUAGUUAUUUUUGGCUAUUAUAACAGUGUGCACCUAUCCAUAGCAUUAUGCAUUAAGUUGAUUAUAUGAAAUAGUAAUUUUAUAACCGUUAGCUUGCAUCAAAUGAGUAAAUUAACUGGGAACUAAGUUGUUUUAACAGACUUCAGACUUUUAUGACUCAAUAGAUUUGCAUGGUCUCGGACACCAAGUUGAAUUUGCUGUAUAUUUUACUCAUUUAAUAAAAAAAGCUAACAUUU